AUAACCUCCUCCUUUAUAUCCUCCUCUAUAACCUCCUCCUUUAUAUCCUCCUCUAUAACCUCCUCCUUUAUAUCCUCCUCUAUAACCUCCUCCUUUAUAUCCUCCUCUAUAACCUCCUCCUUUAUAUCCUCCUCAUAUACCUCCUCCUUUAUAUCCUCCUCUAUAACGUCCUCCUCCUUUAUAUCCUACUCAUAUACCUCCUCCUUUAUAUCCUCCUCAUAUACCUCCUCCUUUAUAUCCUCCUCAUAUACCUCCUCCUUUAUAUCCUCCUCUAUAACCUCCUCCUUUAUAUCCUCCUCAUAUACCUCCUCCUUUAUAUCCUCCUCUAUAACCUCCUCCUCCUGUAUAUCCUACUCAUAUACCUCCUCCUCUAUAUCCUCCUCUAUAACCUCCUCCUUUAUAUCCUCCUCAUAUACCUCCUCCUUUAUAUCCUCCUCAUAUACCUCCUCCUUUAUAUCCUCCUCAUAUACCUCCUCCUUUAUAUCCUCCUCUAUAACCUCCUCCUUUAUAUCCUCCUCAUAUACCUCCUCCUUUAUAUCCUCCUCUAUAACCUCCUCCUUUAUAUCCUCCUCAUAUACCUCCUCCUUUAUAUCCUCCUCUAUAAACUCCUCCUUUAUAUCCUCCUCAUAUACCUCCUCCUUUAUAUCCUCCUCAUAUACCUCCUCCUCUAUAACCUCCUCCUCCUCUAUAUCCUCCUCUAUAACCUCCUCCUUUAUAUCCUCAUCUGUAACCUCCUCCUCCUUUUUAUCCGCCUCAUAUACCCCCUCCUUUAUAUCCUCCUCUAUAACCUCCUCCUUUAUAUCCUCCUCAUAUACCUCCUCCUUUAUAUCCUCCUCCUCUACCUCCUCCUCUAUAACCUCCUCCUUUAUAUCCUCCUCAUAUACCUCCUCCUUUAUAUCCUCCUCAUAUACCUCCUCCUUUAUAUCCUCCUCUAUAACCUCCUCCUUUAUAGCCUCCUCUAUAACCUCCUCCUUUAUAUCCUCCUCAUAUACCUCCUCCUUUAUAUCCUCCUCAUAUACCUCCUCCUUUAUAUCCUCCUCAUAUACCUCCUCCUUUAUAUCCUCCUCCUCUACCUCCUCCUUUAUAUCCUCCUCAUAUACCUCCUCUUCUACCUCCUCCUCUAUAACCACCUCCUUUAUAUCCUCCUCAUAUACCUCCUCCUCUAUAUCCUCUAUAACCUCCUCCUUUAUAUCCUCCUCCUCUACCUCCUCCUCAUAUACCUCCUCCUCUACCUCC